AAGUGGGCGUGGUUUGGGAAUUUCCGAGUUGCAGCAACAGAUGUCUACGCACGAGAGCACUAUUGAGUGUUACGUUAGACAUGCAUGAAACAACAAACAAACCCAGACUAAACUAAACAGUUAGUUUAAAGAGCCAUGGCAGGUAAAACAGAGCCGUCGAUGUUUCUCUUUGAUGUCCCGCCGCUGCUUAUGGGCGAAUUCUGUAAAUUGAUGGACAGCGGUGUCGAUGGUCUUGGAUGGCGAGAUUUAGCUUUCCGCAUCCUUCCCAGUCUCCUGGAUGUGAGGUGCGCAGACAUGCAUGCGGCUGCAGGGAGGAGUCCAACUCAGGAGCUCAUGUGGUCGUGGGCCCAGCAAAAUAAAACAGUGGGGGAUCUGCUGAAGGUUCUGGAUCAGAUGGGUCACCGUCGUGCUAGGAGUCUUUUUCAACCACAAGAUUCGUGUGUGCUGAAGUCAUCUUCACCUCCUCUUUGUCACAAGUUUAUUCCAGACAGUGAAAAAUCCAUUAAACCAUCAGCACUUCCUUCAGAGUCUGUGUAUGUUAAAGGUGAGAAACAGAAGUAUCCAAUCACGUAUUCAGACAUCAUAGAGGGAACAAGAAAUUUUCACCCGGAAAUGAAAAUAGGAGGUGGCGCGUUUGCCGAGGUCUACUGCGGAAAAUGGGAAAACAAAUCUUUUGCUGUAAAAGUUUUCAAACAGGAAAACAAGGCUGCUUGGAAGGCAUUGUGGGAAAAAUUCACCAAAGAGAUCGAAGUCCUACAACUCUACCAGCAUCCUAAUAUCUUGGAGCUAUGGGGCAGCUUUUCACAGGAAGAUCACUUCUGUUUAGUGUAUCCGUACCUACAUAAUGGAUCAUUAUUUCAUAGACUUCAUGAGGAAGUGAAAACGCCUCUGUCGUGGCAAGAGCGACUAAACAUUAUCAAAGGAACAGCGAGAGCAGUUAACCAUCUACACACGGCACAACCUUGCAUGGUUAUUUGUGGAAAUAUUACAAGUUCAAACAUACUCUUGGAUGAGCACCUGCAGCCCAAAUUAUCAGAUUUUGGAUUGGCUCAUCUGAGACCACAUACUGUCAACCAGAGCUGCACCAUCGUCAUGGAUACCGCCUCCCGUCGCAACCUCGGCUAUCUCCCGGAGGAGUACAUUCGAGAUGGCAAGCUGUCCGUCAAACUUGACGUUUACAGCCUUGGGAUAGUUAUACUGGAGACGUGUACAGGACAGAAGGUGAUACAGGAGACCCAGUUUUUGAGAGAUGUUGUAACAUCAGAGUUUGAGGAGAAGGGCUGUGUGGAUGCCUGUCUCCGUUUCUUGGAUCCAAAAGUGGAAUAUUGGCCUCCCGCUGUGGCUCUGUCUCUGCUCCGAAUCGGCCUAGAUUGCACAUCGAGCAGAAUGCGAGUUCGGCCCGGCAUGGAUGCUGUUCUUCAGAGGUUAAGCCAACUUCUUCCAAUCCCCGCAUCUCCUGAGGAUCAACCACAUACACUGGAUGAUAGCAUCGCAUUUCAGGGGCCCUACAGCGUCAAUGGUUUUGCUUUUAGCAUGCCUACAGAAGAUGACGAAUCGUACAGUCCCGUAGAGGGGCAGCAACCUCACGGAGUCAGCAGACCGCCGGCACCCUGUGAAUGCAGCCAGUCCGAGGUGACUUUCCUGAGUGUCGGAGAAAGUUACUCGAAGGAAUCUCUCUUGGAAAAUGACAAAUUGGUGUCAUCAACUCCAGAUGUACAGCCAGACUCUGUUUCUCAUCCAGACUUGUAUGGGAGUUGGCCUGUGGAGUGCAGCUGUACGACUGGUGCAGAAGCUCAGGGGUGUGAGGACUGCUGCGCUAAUGGCUUUGAUAACUCUGUCAUAUGUUACACUUUAGAUGAUAGUGUGCAGUCCUCGCAGGAAGACAUUAAGAAUCCAGCAAAAGAAAAAAUGAGGAAUAAAAUUCGCCUGUACAACCAAGGGUUAAUAAAAACAGAGGAACUUCUCUCUCUAAAGUCAGACUGUUUCUGAUGCUUACAGGGAUUUUAAUCUGUGUUGUACUACUUUAUCACUCUCACCUGCAGUAAAGCUCUUAAUAUUGAUGUGUCCAGCAACUAAUAAAGCUAACAUAUGGGAUGUUGGAUCUAACUUAUAAAAUAAAUACUGUACAGUGUUCUUGUUAUUAUUUUAUAUAAAUAAAUAAGAGGUAAAUAAA